AUGAGCGCGCAUGAAGGCAUUCUGCUGGAGAGGUUUUGCGAAACUUUAAGGAUGAUAUACCCGGGAUGUUUCCUGUUGCUCUGUGGGCUCUCGCAUGUCAUGGCAAGUUAUCCCAUCUGGUGGUCACUAGCAGUGGGCCACCAGUACUCAUCGCUGGGCACCCAACCAAUUCUGUGUGGCAGCAUCCCUGGUCUGGUGCCCAAACAGCUGCGGUUCUGCCGGAACUAUGUGGAGAUAAUGCCCAGUGUGGCCGAGGGGGUGAAGAUUGGCAUCCAGGAGUGCCAGCACCAGUUCCGAGGCCGACGCUGGAACUGCACCACAGUCACUGACAAUCUGGCCAUCUUUGGGCCAGUGUUAGAUAAAGCCACUCGAGAGUCAGCAUUCGUUCAUGCCAUCGCCUCAGCCGGAGUGGCAUUUGCAGUGACCCGUGCCUGCGCCGAUGGUACAGCCACCAUCUGCGGGUGUGACACGCGCCACAAGGGCCCCCCCGGUGAGGGAUGGAAGUGGGGCGGCUGCAGCGAGGAUGUGGAGUUUGGAAGCAUGGUUUCCCGAGAGUUUGCUGAUGCGAGAGAGAAUCGCCCGGAUGCACGUUCAGCCAUGAACCGCCACAACAAUGAGGCAGGAAGAAUGUCCCUCAAUGACAACAUGUUCCUGAAAUGUAAGUGCCAUGGUCUUUCGGGUAGCUGUGAGGUCAAGACUUGCUGGUGGUCUCAGCCUGACUUCCGAGUUAUUGGUGACUACAUGAAGGAUAAGUACGACAGCGCAUCCGAGAUGGUCGUAGAGAAACACAAGGAGUCCCGCGGAUGGGUGGAGACCCUGAGACCCAAGUACAACUACUUCAAGCCCCCCACAGAGCGUGACCUGGUUUAUUAUGAGAGCUCACCCAAUUUCUGUGACCCUAAUCCCGAGACCGGCUCCUUUGGCACCCGCGAUCGCAUCUGCAACCUGACGUCCCACGGCAUAGACGGGUGCGACCUUCUGUGCUGCGGGAGAGGCCACAACACCCGGACUGAGAAGCGAAAGGAGAAGUGCAACUGUAUUUUUCACUGGUGCUGCUACGUCAGCUGUCAGGAGUGUGUGAGAGUCUACGACGUGCACACCUGCAAAUAGGGGUGACAAGGUUCUGGUAUUUUCUCGCCAAACUUUAAAGGCAGAAGAAAAAAACUACACUGACUUUGCUACAAGACACGAGAGACUGUGAACUUGUCUUGCCUGUGCGUGGACUCCAGCGGCAGAGAUAACGGCCUCGUGUUUUGUGCUGCGAUGCUAAGAAAGAGCCAAUCUCUGUCAUAAUCAACUGAUAGAUGACAGUUGAUCACAAAGCAUCACCCAUAGGAACUGUGAUGGUGGUGACCAUGACAACAAUGUUGAUAUCUAUAGCCAUGACGAAAAAGGUUUUCAUGUACUGACGUAGGAAAAGGAGAACUGUCGCCUAAUUGACGAACACCAUAUUGGUGAUUUUUGUUUUCUUCUGUGUUCCAAGUAGUUUGUUGAGAAUGGUACAGCCCUGCCAAUGUUUCAAGUCUAUAGGGCAAACGAUGAAAAUGUCACAUGUUUAAUAAUCAUAUGUUUCUGCCACACAAAAAGUGACGACAGCCACUCAACAGCAUGCAUUCUCCUCCUCAACAUUAUUAGUAUAUGUGUGUUUAUCUGAACACUAACAUUGUCAUUGUGUGAGUGAGUAUUUUGUUUCAUCGUCUUAGUGUGUAACUGAUGUUUGGGUAAGAAUGCACUUGCACCUGAGUGAAUGUAGAUUUUAUGCUGUAACGUGUUUACAUGUUCACAAACUCUAAAGCUAAUGAGUUAAUAUCUGCUUUAAAUGACUAAUUUCCUCUGAGAUGUAGACAUGAGCCACAACCACCGAACAUUGGAAAAGCAAAAAUAUACACAAGCUGUGUCUCAGUUCAGGAGCUGCAUCCUACAGAGGCUGCGUUUUAAGAUCCAUUACGUCACAGCGGCGUGACUGUCCCAUUUCGGAGGCUCCGCCAAAUAUGGUUGAAAAAUUAAUCCUUAAAUCCCAGAGAAACAAAGGCUCCAAUGGGUGGAUCCUUCUCGGACCAACCUAUCCCAUAAUUAAUUGCGCUAUGAUCACCACUUUUCAAACAGGUAACGGAGCAAGGGACAAGACGACCGAUGCAAGUAUCAAUCUUCAACUCAACAGAUCAGCAAAUGGUAAAAAAAAACGAGCAUUCAAACCUUCUUGUUCAGAAAUCUUCUGUCGGCCAGACCGACUCAUUUUCCUUUUGGCUUUGGUACACGACCCACUUGGCCCAGGAAGACCUCCUGCCUUGUGGGCUGCAUAGACCACGUCCUCCUUCGAUGGCCGCCCCCUGAAUUGGGACAUAGCAACCUUCUACGCAUUUCAUGACACACCUGAAAACACUGGAAGCUUUUCCUUAAGAGCAACAAUGCUUUGAAUGACCAAAGAAAAGAAAUGUUCGCCUGCCGUGGUCAGAGAGCUGUAAGCGAAUCGAAAAGGUCAGCACUUGUGUCCUGUUGAGAAAUAUGAAGCAUGUUCUCCUUGUUUUUUUAUCAGUAUUAGCAUUGUGUCAUGUGACUGGAU